CAAACACUUUGAAACAUAGCCAGUACUGCGUCGCGUAGUUGCAAGUCUUGCCUCACCACCUGUCCAUUUGCCCGCAUUUAAGGGCUUCUUCUCUGGGUGGCGAGCCGUGUCUCACGACACGGAGACGGCCCAUAAAUUAUGCUCUCCUGCAGUGCUCUGUCUCGCGCGGGCCUUCCACGCGCUUCACGGCAACCCCUCGUUCGCCGCUCUGACCUGCUGCUGGCAAGGCAGAACGAGGCAUGGAUAUCUGGGCAAGGCCUUGGAUGGUGCAGUCGCGUUCGCGCCGUCGAGACACUCGCUGCAGGCCCAGCCGGCGAGGCGAUCGCCGAGCUUAUUUGGGAGCUUCCGGCAGGCUUGGCCAAGCGUGUUUUCAUUGCUUUUUGGGAUAUCAAGGAGCAGCUGGCGGCCAAGUCCGACCAACUGGCGGCCAAGUCCGACCAGCUGGCGACAAAAACUGAGGAGCUGUACAAGAUCAAGGUGGAGCUCACGCGCGCGCUCCACGCUGCAGGCGUCGUGAACGCCCGCACGUUCCUGGAGUACGUGGUGAAGCAGUGGGAGCACGAGCUGUUCGGCUCUGUGGGGAAGGUGAACCGCCUGAAGGUCAUCAAGGCGGGGCUCCGCAAGCGCCCGGAGCUGGUGAAGUGCCUGCAGCGGAACGUGCCCACCUGGGUGCGCGCCGGCAUGGACGAGGAGCGGAUCGUGGAAAAUAUGGCCAAGAACCUGGAGGCCAUCAUGCUGGACUCCAGCAACAAUGUGCACACGUUCCACCCCGCGAUUGGGCUGACUCUGCUCAAGGCGGCGCACAGCGAGCCCAUGGUGGCUGCGCUGGUGUGCGUUGCAGACAACAUGGGAGUGCUGGUCAAAGUCAUUAAAAUGAACGCGAUGAACGACAACAAUGACAACAACAUCUCUGCGUGAGGUGUGAGGCUCGGCGGCAUGUACGGCCGUGGCGAUGCUGGGCACCUGUUGUCCGCAUUGUCCAGCACUAAGCAGCAGGCAGCGAGAUUUUGCCUCCACAGCGACGUGGCGGCUGUAGGGGCCGUUUUGAGGCGUUGCCGGUCAACAUGGUCAUAGCAGCAGGGGCGGCUGAGGGGACGUGCGUUGGAGCUUAUUCAUACGUGCUCAUGUGCUGUUGUUGGUCUGUAAGUCAAGUUUUAUGGCUCGGCCUAGGUCAAGGCGGAUGUCAAGGUGUGUGUUUCAUUGUUGUUUCAUGUUUUGUUCAUGUUUAGUAGCUGCUGUGCGGACAUCCCUCCGUAUGUGUGUGCUUGACAAAAGAAUACCGAACCGAUGUGUGUGUAUACAUGUGUGCGAUAUGGAGUGAUAUUUUUUUGGGAAAUGAAGAGCCUUGUCUGCAUUGCCAACAUAUAUAUGUGCUGCAUGUCAGCAGGUGUAUGUGUGUGUGUGUAGGAGUAUAUGUGCGUGUGUGUAUGUGUGUGUGUGUGUGUGUGUGUGUGUGUGUGUGUGUGUGAAUCAGCAGGAUUGUGAGUUUCAGGUGCACAUGUGCCGAUCCAUGUGCCUGAAUAUUUUUGUUUCUGGCAGGUUCCAUGGACACAAGCCACAUGUGUACUCAUGACAUGGAUAUGCGCACUUGCAGGUUCUGUUGAUAAUAUUUUGCAGCUACGUGCCUCGACUGCUGGGCUAUGGCUACUGCGACGGCUGGCAGUACUUGGUGUGUGGGGUAGCAGGGCAAUCAAGUACUAGGACUGCUUGGCGCAUAAGGGCUAGAUAAAUCUAAGAACCGGGAAUUAGGGAAUACGUAGCGAGUGAGUGCAAAGCGUCAGGUGAAGUGCAUGUGAUCAUGGAUGCUUCAGCCUGUGAAAAUGCACAUAACGAGGAUGAGAGGAUAGGUGACGUCGGCCAGACUUCCAGCGCCAGAUGAUGUGCCGUGUUUGUUGUGCGCUGGCGCUACAUGGGCGCUGAAGCGGUCUGACGUGGUUAGGUAUGUGGGGGAGGGGGGUUGUCUGCAACCAUCGGCCAUACUGGGCCACGGUAACGCCUCGA